AUGGCGGCGGCGUUUUCACUUCCCUUCACAACAACCCUGAUUGGCACCCAGGUGCAGAGCGAUACAAACUCGAAGAUACUCGCCAUGUCAAGAGAUCUCGAAACGGGAGAGCCCAUGGCACCUGUGCAAAAUGAGAAGCAAAAUGAGAAGUCCCAGAAUCCGCAAUCUUUCCUCUCGAAAAUCCGGCUUCGUUCGCCCGGCCAAACAGCCCCUUUUACUCACCCUGCCGGCCAAUUCAAGUCCGACAAUAGCAAUAUUGUAGACUUUGACGGGCCAGAUGAUCCGUACCGCCCCAUGAACUGGAGCUUCAAGAAGAAGGCCCUCACGAUGAUUCUGUAUGGAAUGACAACUAUGGGUGCGACUUGGGCGAGCUCGAUCUACUCAUCCGCAAUCCCCGACGUGGAGAAGGAGUUUCACAUUGGCGAGGUCACUGCAACACUUGGUACAUCACUCCUUCUCUUCGGCUUCGGUCUCGGUCCCAUUCUCUCCGCACCUCUCUCGGAAUUCUACGGGCGCAAAAAACCUGUGUUGAUACCUUAUUUCAUAUCGAUCAUGUUCUCCUUCGCGACUGCUACGGCAAAGGAUACUCAGACUAUAAUGAUCACCCGUUUCUUUUCUGGCUUCUUCGGUGGUGCUCCGAUCACCAACACUAGCGGUGUGCUCGCCGACAUCUGGUCCCCGAAACAACGUGGUGCGGCGAUGGUGGCGUAUGCAAUGGCGCUUGUCGGUGGACCAGUUAUUGGCCCCAUCGUCGGAGGCGCGAUCGUGGACAGUUAUCUGAGUUGGAGGUGGACCGAAUAUAUAACAGGCAUUCUUCAGUUCACUAUGUUUACACUGGCGGUGGUAUUUAUCGAUGAGACUUAUGCCCCGGCCUUAUUAGUCUACAGAGCGCAGCGGCUCCUCACACCAAUCUGCUUUUUUGUCGCACUCUAUGCCUCAUUUGUAUACGAUAUUCUCUAUCUGAGUCUUGCCUCUUUCCCAGUGGAGUUUCAAGAGCUCCGCGGGUGGAAUGCGCUUGUUGGCAAUCUUCCUUUCUUGAAUAUAUUCACAGGCAUGAUAAUAGGCGCCUGUGUCAACAUUUUCAAUCAAAAGUUUUACCUGAAGAAGUAUCGGGAGAACGGAAACAAGGCAGUUCCAGAAGCCCCUCUGCCACCUAUGAUGCUGGGAUCUGUAUUCUUCGCCGCCGGAAUGUUCAUUCUUGGUUGA